CGUGAUACAUGCAACUCAAGAGAAUAGGCUAAAGCAGUAUGCGUGCCCUCAGGUGCACAGUAAGUGGAUUUUUCUGAUCAUGACAGGAUAUAACCUAGAUCGUAAAAUGGAUGUGAGUCAAGGAAAUCUAAGGGGAGCUUGCAGGUGCAACACCUCACCCUCUUGCAUCUUUCAGCAUCCCUUAGAAUAUAUUUACUUUUCUCGUACUGCUUUUCCUUUCAAAUUUGUCAAACCAAUGAGCAUUUCAUUCCUAGAGAAACCUCUACCGCCACAUGCUCAUUUUAAACCAUAGAACUUGUCCCUCACCACCUAAGUGGUUGUGAGAGACCCCAAGAAAUACAUUCCUGGUCUUUGAACCAGGUAAAUUUGCAUACAUUUACUACACACGAACAAAUUUUGGCGCUGUUGUUGGAGACUCUUGCAACCACCACAAAGGAACGAGGUAAGUGUUCUAUCUUUAUUUUACUCUUGUUCAUUUUUGUUCGUAUUUUAUUUAUGUUUUAAUUUAUUUUCUCUGUUUCUUUGAAUAUGUGAUUGAAAGUCUGAGUUUAGAUUCAAAUUCAUGAGGGGCAGAAUCAGCAGCCACUGUGCCUUGUUCCUUCGUAGUUCGGAAGCCCUAGCGCCAAUUCUGAUCCCCUCUGUUUCUAUUUAAUUUUUACAUUUUUUUCUUUUUUAGCUUUUGUUUUUUCUCUUACGUUUUUUAUUUUUUGUAUUCUAUUGAGUCUAUGUAUGUGAGUCAACGUUCGGGGUUAAAACUAAAGGCAUUAUUUUGGUGACCUAAGCGCCAUUCACUGGCAUAAAUCAACGGCUAGGGUGACAAUUUUGGGCAAAAGCAUGUUACAUACAAGUUAUAUAUUGUUUUAUAUCUAUAUGAGCCCAACAUGAAUAAGAGGCAUGGCAAACAAGUUUAAACUUAAAAGGCUUGCCCAAGUUUGUGUGUAUAGGUGUGUACUUUGAUUCCUUUGAAUCCAAGUCAUCACCUCUGUGUAAGAAGAGAGGUUCUAGGAACCGACAACUAAUGGCCCUCUACCUUUACACCUUCUUCGAUUAUAGUUAAAAAGAAGUAAGCAACAAGCUUCUUUGUGAACCACAAACUCUAUGAGGCAUGGGUAAACGAACCCUGUAUGAGUACAUGAAGCCUCAACCUGCAAAAAUAGCUUCCAACAUCGUCCUUCCUCCAAUUGUUGUGCCCAACUUCAAGCUAAAGCCUUUAACUAUCCAUAUAGUCAAAAAGGCUGGACAAUCUGGUCAAGCAUAUCAAAGAAUUUAUGAAGAUAUGUAAUUUUGUAGAGCAUCCAGGUGUAGAGCCAAACAUAAUAAGGUUAUGCCUCUUUCCUUUCUCCAUCUAGAGGAAAGCGCAAGAGCUAGCUAAAUUGCCAACCUACAGGAACUUUCCUAAUGUGAGAGGGACUGGUCCAAGAAUUCAUAGAAGGGUUCUUCUCUCCAUGGAGAACUGAUGAUCUAAAGGAUAAAAAUGCUCGCUUCCGAAAACUAGCUUCUGAGUCGUUGUACGAAGCAUGGGAGCGAUUCCAGGAGCUCAUUCAUUCUUCCCUCAUCAUGGAUUUGGGAAAGAACAGUUAGGAGAUAUCUUCGGAAAAUUUCUCGACCUAAACACCAUGGGGAUGCUGAAUCAGCCUGUCGAAGGUGACAUAACGCAAAUGAACGCUCAUCAAGAUCUUCAGUAUUUGGCAUCUAUGGCUACAAAGUCUCAAAAUUGGUCUAUGAGGACUACUCAUAUGUCCAUUAAAAGAGUGCGACAAUAAGAUGACCGCUUCAUCAGUCUGUCUCUGCAACUAGCGGAGCUAAGACGAGAUAAAUGCACUAAAACUAGGACAAAGCCCAACCCCAACAUGACUUUUUGUAUGCGAAUGUUGUGCCAAGGAUGGUCGCCAUUGGCUGAAAUUUGGGCUAUAAGUAGAUCUCCAAAUCGAAAAAAUCAAUUUCCUAGCUACUAGUUACCUCAAACUCGGAAUCUCAAUCGCAAUAAUAUGGGUACCAGAAUACUCGGCCUCUCUUUUCUUAUGCCCCUAUAUGAUUUCUAAUAAUUGCAUGAAUAACGAUUACAUAACUUGGAGCCAACCACCAGCUGGACCUUGGCCGCUUCCGGGAGGUCAGAAGCCAGCUGACUACUCGAGAAUAUUAUCAACUAAUGUGCAAUAUCUUCAUGACACACAUUAUGAUAGUAAGGCUCCACGCAAUUCUAAUUGGGUAAGGAAAUCAAAUCCUUCACCACCAAGAUUUGAUAGGCGACCUCCAUUCAAAAUAAGAACACAAACUAUCAUGAUCAUUUAGCAGGGUUGGCUGAUGAUGAACUCCGUGCAUGCAUCAAAGGCUAGGAGGCGCCCUUAAGAAUUUGGAGUUCCAAUUAGCUUCCCAUUCAAGAGCUUUAGAAUAUCCUAAGAAAUAUAGGAUCUCUCCUAAGAAAUACGGAGAACACUCUUAAAGAAGAGAUCAACGUUCUUGGAAAAUACCAGUAUGAACAUCAAGAACUUUUCAACAAGGCUUGUCCAAAAUCUGAUUAUGUUGACUCUUUGUGCUAGGAACACCAGAAAGUGUCCAGAGGUACAAAACUAGGAGCUAAACUAAAAAUUCCCCAUUGGGUAGAAACCGACAUCUCAACCAUCAAUUGGCACAUCCCCUAUAGUGAAAUCGUCUAGUAAUUGUAGCACGAACUAUAUGGUACAAUUGUGAUGUUCUUUCUUAAACUCUACUUGAUACAUAUAGAUGAUGAACAUGACAAAUUGAUGAAACUAUAUAGAAUUUUUCACAACCCUCCCUCUUACUUUGUUGAAUACGUAUAUAUUGUUUUUUUUUUUUAGAGAUGGACAUGAGAUUGUAAUAAGCAUGGUUAAUAAGUGUCAAUCAAUGAAUCAUUUAAAUAUUC